AUGGCUGAUGAUUGGGAUCUGUAUGCGGUGGUGCGAAACUGCACCGCCGCCGUCCCCACAACCACCACCAUCACCACCACCCAAAAUUCCCAAAUACCCACUAACACCGACAUGAACAAAGAAUACCCUUUUCCUGCUUUGGAUUCUUUCAACUACCAAGGUGAUGAUAACCCGUUUUAUUUUCCAAGUGUUGGAGACAACCCUUCUCAGGGAUUAGAAGAAAUCUACAAGGAAUUUUAUGUCAACAACACACAGCCUAUCACCACUCCUGGGAUCAUCUCCACCACCUCUUUUCCAGUUCUCACAGGAUUUGAAAUACCACAACAGAGUCAAUUACCAGCACAACUACAUCUACAGCUCAAAAAUCCUCCGUCUGGUUCCUCCUUUACUCUCUCGACCACCAAUUCUCAGCCAACUCGAUCACGCAGAAGGAAGAACGAGCAGAGCAAGGUGGUGUGCCGGAAAACACAAGAGGAACUCUCAGCUGAUUCUUGGGCAUGGAGGAAAUACGGUCAAAAACCCAUCAAAGGCUCUCCAUAUCCAAGAAACUACUACAGGUGUAGCACCUCGAAAGGCUGUUCGGCAAGGAAACAAGUGGAGCGAAGCCCCACGGAUCCAAACAUUUUCGUGGUCUCUUAUACAGGCGAACACACCCACCCACGUCCGACUCACAGGAGCUCUCUCGCCGGAAGUACCAGAAACAAGUUUUCCGCCGUCAACAAAUCCAACAGUGCCACUGAUAAUUCAACAGCACCACCAAACCCCAAUAUGCCCAAACGUGCUUCAUGCUCUUCUUCCUCGAGCUUUUCUCCGACGACCCCUUUAAUGGAAGGCGAGAUUGCAUUACUACGUGAUGGUACAGAAAAAGAGGCCAUAGACAUGGAAGAAGACCAUGAUGCAGAGAUGGUGGAUGAAGAAGAAGAUGAUGAUGAUAAUUUUCUCAUUCCUAACACCCACAUGACCGAAGAGAUAUUCAAAGAUUUUCAAGAACUCAAAGGAAAUAAUGUUCGUGGACUCUUCCAGCUCUACUGCAGCCAACGUCACCGCCGUAAACGGUGGCUGAGUGGCAGAAAAAGUGGGGACACUUGGACUUCUUUAAACCUUCCUUUUCAGUCGUCCAAAUGGGAUGCAAGAGGUAGGAAGCAUCUCCGGGUCUAG